GCCGCCGCCGCCGCGUUCCAUUCUCCGAAGCCGGCGACCGCCUCGUUGCCUCCCUCCCUCUCGCCUGCCUCCUCCUCCCGCAGCGCCGGCCAGCGCAAACUAGACAAGGGCACGCGGGGCCUCGCCGAGACCCGAAAGGGUUGCAGGCUCGCGCAGCGACGGAGUGGAUCCCGCGGCGCGGAAGCUGCGAGUGUCCCCCUCCCGGAGGUCUCCGCGCCGCUCCCGGGUGAAUUUACUCCCUGACUGGCAUUAGAAUUCUUCUGGAAUUUUAAAUUUUUUCUUUUAAAAACACUUGGACGGAUAAAAGAUGUGCCAUGGCAGGAUAGCACCAAAGAGCACCUCAGCAUUUGCCGUGGCCUUCGUGGGACAUGGAGUGUUCCUUCCACUGGUGAUCUUUAGCACCCUGCUUGGAGACGGUUUUGCCUCUGUGUGUCCCCUGCCCCCGGAGCCAGAGAAUGGUGGCUACAUAUGCCACCCCCGGCCCUGCAGAGACCCCUUGACAGCAGGCAGUGUCAUCGAGUACCUCUGUGCAGAAGGCUACAUGUUGAAGGGUGACUACAAAUACCUGACGUGUAAGAAUGGCGAGUGGAAGCCAGCCAUGGAGAUUAGCUGCCACCUCAACGAGGACAAAGAAACCCACACAUCACUCGGGGUUCCCACACUGUCUAUAGUGGCUUCCACUGCCAGCUCCGUGGCGCUCAUUCUCCUCCUCGUGGUGCUGUUUGUGCUGCUGCAGCCAAAGCUGAAGUCUUUCCAUCACAGCAGGCGUGACCAGGGAGUAUCUGGGGACCAGGUCUCCAUUAUGGUGGAUGGAGUCCAGGUCGCACUACCUUCAUAUGAGGAAGCUGUGUACGGCAGUUCCGGUCAUUGCAUGCCACCCGCUGACCCCAGAGUGCAAAUUGUGCUGUCAGAAGGGUCUGGGCCUAGUGGGAGGAAUGUGCCGAGGGAUCCACAGCCGCUGGGCCAAGGGGCCUGCUCCUCUGCAGGUGGAGAGGAUGAGACCCCAGGCCAGUCUGGACUAUGUGAAGCCUGGGGCUCCCAGGGCUCAGAGACUGUGAUGGUGCAUCAGGCAACCACCUCUUCUUGGGCAGCAGGCUCAGGGAGCAGCCGACUGGCACACAAAGAAGCGGCAGAUUCCGAGAAUAGUGACAUACAAAGCCUUUUAUCCCUCACAUCGGAGGAGUACACAGAUGAUAUCCCACUGUUAAAAGAAGCAUGAGGGCUACCAGCAGCCUUUCUCCUUUUCUGCAAGGGUCCUCUCUGCCCUUCUUCCCUCUCCCACUGGGUCUGAGCACCCUGUACUCUCCAGCCACCCCACCUGGACACCUGAGCUGCCACCUGUGUAUCUGUGUGUCUCUGAAGGCCUGUAGGCCACCUCGCUGGAAACUCAAGGAAGAUUCUCGCCAUCUGCCUGGACAGCUGGAGGAGCUGGCUUUUUGCCCGGCUCAGCCUUCCCAUCUGUCGGGGACAUAUUUGAAUGUGCUGGAUCGAACUCUCCCUUUUCCUAAGCUUUUGGGUCCCUUCCAGCCAGCUCUCUGGUGGCAGCCCCCACAGUCCUUGUGGGCCUGAGUGCCACCGUGUUUACUUGUGCCUUCCCUCACCCCUUCAGUUUCCUAUCAUGCAGGCAUGUUGCUGUCUACAGGCCUUAAUGGCUGCUGCCCUUGCACACAGGGCCUGGGCCUGGGGCUAGCAUUGGUGCCCCUUGCAGGAGCAGAUCCAAGAGUGAGCUCUCAAGGUAGGAGUGGCUCUCGCUGGGGCAGGAGUGUGGGUGCCUGGGCUUGCCUUGAGCUGACACUGGUGGCACAUUUCCUUGACUGAAAAUGGAAGAUUUGGAAAAUUAUGCCAAAGCUGUCCCGGCACCCAGUUGUCCAGCUCAGGUGCAGCCUCCUCACUCUGUCAAGUUGAGAGUUUCCAGAAACAUCCAGAAGAUCUUGAGGGAGAGAAGGAAGGUGACUGAUAAUGAUCAUCUUCCUAAUAUGCAAGUUCUCACUUCCUGCUUCCA